UGGUGCUUGUGUUUGAAUAUUUAGAAGCGUGUAAAAAAUUAGUUUUAACAAAUCUCCAAAUUACGCUUUUCAGGCAAAACGACAGUGUGUGGAAGGUGGAAACCGGUAAGCGGCCGUGGACAUGCCACAUCGUCUACCAAUAUUCCACCAUCCACCUUCAUUUCUCUCCACCGCCUUCCAUCCUCUGCACUACUCUUCUCCUCUUUCAUGACACAUGAUCGCACACAACAACCCAACUAAUGCAAUUGCAACUUAACAUUUGAGGCAAACGAUCCAAAUAAAAUGAGAAGAAGAAUCUGGAACUUUUUCUCUAACUCCAAGAAGGGACUCACUUCUGAAUUAUUCACACCGGCAUCAUCCUCAACCUCCAAUUUCCGCCGCCUAAACGCGCUUCGCUCUUACUGCGAUCAAUCCCACCUUCGUCUCCAAAACCGCACAGGUCUGCUUGCUCAGUAUAAGAAUCUGGUUGAUCAAGGGAAGUUGCAGCAUGAUCCUUACCAAGAAAGUGUUGCCUCAGAACUUGAGAAAUUGGUUGCAAGGCUGGAGCAGUAUGAGAGAGAAAUGGAAGAGUAUCAUGUGAAUCUAGCUGAAUGGGAGAAGAAUCGGGAGAACGAGCGGCGGAAGCUUCUCAUGGAGGAAGUGGAGUCACAACAGAAGGAGGGAGGAGAUUGGUGGAAACAGUUGAAUAACAAACUUACUGGAAGGAGGGGCUCUAGAAAUAAACCAGUAAGUGUGGAGCCAGGAGUAGGGAAAUGGGUGUCAUAUCUUAAACGUGAGAUGAAGUUGGAUUCAGUAGUUGGUCGCUAUCCAACUGCUCCUCCUCCUCCUAAAGGGCUUUACAUAUACGGAAAUGUCGGCAGUGGGAAGACAAUGCUGAUGGACAUGUUUUAUCGUGCCACUGAAGGAAUUGUUAAACAUCGAAGAAGAUAUCACUUUCAUGAGGCCAUGCUUAGAAUAAAUGAACAUAUGCACAAGAUAUGGAAGAAACAAUUGGAAGAGAAGACUUUGCAGUCAAGCAUUGCUGGUUGGAUUAUGAAUCUUCCCUUUGACAUUAAAGCUAAGGAGUGGCUAGCUGCAGAAGAAAGAUACAAGCAAGAGGUACGGAUGAAAAACAUUCUUCCUGCUGUAGCAGAGGAGUUUUUUCUGGAUCGAGAAGGAGACGACAAGGGAGCUAGCAUUUUGUGCUUUGAUGAGAUUCAGACUGUUGAUGUAUUUGCCAUUGUAGCUUUAUCUGGAAUUCUAAGCAAUUUGCUGAGCCGUGGAACCGUUAUUGUGGCUACCAGUAAUCGAGCACCAAAUGACUUAAAUGAGCCAGGUAUGCAACAAGAAAUAUUCCAAAAACUUCUCUCCAAAUUGGAAGAACAUUGUGAGAAGGUAUUAGUAGGGAGUGAAAUUGACUACCGUCGUUUCAUAGCACGAAGAUCAGUCAACCUGGUACACUAUUUCUGGCCUACUGGAAGGGAAACUAUCAAUGAAUUUGAGAAAAUCUGGCAUGAUGCAACAGGCAGAUUUGGAGGAAAUAUAAUAUCCAAUACCAUCUCAGUAAUGUUUGGAAGGAUACUUGAGGUUCCUGAAAGUUGUGAAGGAGUUGCACGCUUCACAUUUGAGUAUUUGUGUGGUCGUCCGUUGGGUGCAGCAGAUUAUAUAGCAGUAGCUGAAAACUAUCACACUGUUUUCAUUUCUGACAUUCCAGUGAUGAGUAUGCGCAUUCGUGACAAGGCACGGAGAUUUAUCACCCUUAUUGAUGAGUUAUACAAUCAUCAUUGCUGUCUAUGUUGUUUAGCAUCCUCCUCAAUUGACGAAUUAUUUCAAGGAACUGAAGAGGGCACACUUUUUGACUUGGAUAGUUUCCAGUUUGAAACAGAGACUGAAGGUGGGAAACUUCGCCGCAAUGUCUUUGCAGAUGGCAGUCUGAGCUCAGUAGGUUCCGUGGCUAGCAUCAUGUCCAUGCAUUCUGGUCAAGAAGAGAUGUUUGCUUUUCGCAGAGCUGCCUCCCGCCUCAUUGAAAUGCAAACGCCAUUAUACUUGGAUGGAGUCAGUAAUUUCCACCCUUAUUUUCAGAGGCAACAUAAAAAUUUCAAAAGGAAUUGUGACCACAGCAUACUACCUGAGUUAUCAGUCUGAUGGUAUAUUUUAUAUGCUUCUUGUUCGGAAAUUACUUUCUGAUGCCAAGUUGAUUUUUAUACCUUCUAUGUAACCACUAACCAGCAAUAAUUUAUCUGUAAUACACACCAGUGGACGAGUGAUCAAAUUAGUGACAACAUUGAUUCUUUAUUCCUUGCUGCUAUCUAAAUAGGGUAGCAAUGCAUGAUAAAUGUGUACUUUUGAAAAACUCUUAAUGUAUAAAUGCUGAAGGAUUCGAUCC